CUUGGACAACCUGUUGCAGUGUGGUAUAAUCUACGCUGACAACUUGGUGGUUGUGGACAAGGAGAGCACCAUGAGUGCUGAGGAGGACUACAUGGCAGACGCCAAGACCAUCGUCAAUGUUCAGACUAUGUUCAGGUUGUUCCCCAGUCUCAGCAUCAUCACUGAGCUCACGCACCCGUCCAACAUGAGGUUCAUGCAGUUCAGAGCCAAAGACUGCUACUCACUCGCUCUGUCCAGACUCGAGAAGGUGAGUGGUCCAGGAGCAAGGAUCCACACUCUGGCUUUGACUUGCAUUUUUAUUCUGUUUUGACUGAAAGUGACAAGUAUGAGACUCUGUGAUCCAUCAAUGUUUUCAAAAGACAAAUCAGAGCUGGGUUACAGAGGAAUAAUCUGUAGCAGCAUCUCACUGGUUACUUAUAUUUGAAUGUGAAACAUGUCACAAAAAUCACACUAAGAUUGUUAAAUGUUUUGUUUCAGUAGUAAAUGUACUACUGAAUAUAAAAUCUCUAGCUUCAGCCGGAGGGGAGUACAAAGGGGCUUUUGGAGCUAUUUCACUUUCCACAAAACACACCAACCACAGCUCAUGAGUUUUAGUAGUAUUUUGAUUAUAGUACUACUUUUCCGACCUCCAGUGAUAGCUUUUACCUUCACAAGCCUUUAAAAACAGAUGUCAACCAGCUUAACCUUUUCCACCUGGGUCUUUUUGAAGAGCAGUAGCUCAGCAAGCACAGAGGUGAAAAUGAGAUCCGAACAUCUUGUUUCUGUCUCUCAGGGCUUGUUUUGUUACUUUUUUCAGAUAGAGCGUGAUAAGGGCUCCAACCUGGCCUUCAUGUUCCGGCUGCCGUUUGCUGCAGGCAGGGUGUUCAGUAUCAGCAUGUUGGAUACACUGCUUUACCAGGUGGGAGAACAGAUUGUGGGGUUGGACUUUGGCUCAUUAUAGAAGGAAUUUCGAUAAAGCCAGGCAUCCAUGUUGGUCAGUGAUUUCAGUCAUAUUUUG